CCGACUCCACGCGACAACAGUAGACAAGAUGGCGACGGCAACGGCAACAGUGCUAGCGGGAUAAGUGCCGUAGUGUGAAAUAGAUUAAACAUGGUGUGGGGGGAGCCUGUUCUGCAGAUGGCCGUGGACGCCGUGCUGAUGUAACGGGCGAGCAGGCGCGAUGGACAAGUGCAAGCACAUCGGCCGGCUGCGGCUGGCCCAGGACCACUCCAUCCUGAACCCGCAGAAGUGGCACUGCGUGGACUGCAACACCACCGAGUCCGUGUGGGCCUGCCUGAGCUGCUCGCACGUGGCCUGCGGGCGCUACAUCGAGGAGCACGCGCUGCGCCACUUCCUGGAGCAGCGCCACCCGGUGGCCCUGGAGGUCAACGAGCUGUACGUCUUCUGCUACCUGUGCGACGACUACGUGCUGAACGACAACGCCAUGGGCGACCUGAAGCUGCUGCGCAGCACGCUGAGCGCCAUCAAGAGCCAGCGCUACGAGUGCACCACGCGCAGCGGCCGCACGCUGCGGUCCGCCGUCGCCGUGGGCGACGAGGCCCCGCUGGGCGCGGCGCAGGAGCUGAAGGACGAGGACCGCAUGUUCACCGCGCUCUGGCACCGCCGCCACGCCCUCAUCGGCCGCGUCUUCCGCUCCUGGUUCGAGCUGACGGCGGGGGGCCGGCGGCGGGCCCAGGAGGAGCGGCGGCGCGAGGAGGAGGAGGAGCGGCGCAGGGAGGCGCGCGAGCGGCGGCUGGAGCUCAAGCGGCAGCUGAGGGAGGAGCUGGAGAGCACGCCGCCGCGGAAGAGCCACCGCCUGCGCCGGCAGAGCCAGAGGGCGGCGGCCGCGUCCGCCACGGCGAGGCCGGCCCGCGCCCGGGCCGCCGAGGCGGGGCCCCAGAGCCGCGCCGCGACCGACGCCAAGCGGAGGAGGUCUGAGAGGAGGCCGCAGCCGCCCAAGACGCGCCCCGCCAAAAACCGAACCAAAACCACAGCCACCUCAACCAAAGCCCCUACCUCCAGCGGCCCCAGGGGCCCAGCGCCCAAGAGCGGGGACUCGCCCGUCAAGCGCCGGCCCACGGUGACCCCGGGCGUGACGGGGCUGCGUAACCUGGGCAACACCUGCUACAUGAACUCCAUCCUGCAGGUGCUGAGCCACCUGCACAUCUUCCGCGAGUGCUUCCUGCAGCUGGACCUCAACCAGGCCCUGGAGCUGCUGGCCAGCGCCGUCAACGGCAAGCUGGUGGUGCGCGGCGGCGGGGGCGGCGCCAAGGGCCCCCACGUCCCGCCCCCGCCCUCGCCCUCCUCCCCGCAGGCCCCCAGAAAGGGCCCGUCGGCGGGGCCGGGGUCCGGGCCGGGCCUGAGCGGGGGGGCCUCCCGCGCCCGAAGCAUGGAGCUGAUCCAGCCCAAGGAGCCCAGCUCCAAGCACAUCUCGCUCUGCCACGAGCUGCACACGCUCUUCCAGGUCAUGUGGUCGGGCAAGUGGGCGCUGGUGUCGCCCUUCGCCAUGCUGCACUCGGUGUGGCAGCUGAUCCCCGCCUUCCGCGGCUACGCCCAGCAGGACGCCCAGGAGUUCCUGUGCGAGCUGCUGGACAAGGUGCAGCGGGAGCUGGAGAACACGGGCACGCUGACGCCCGCCACCGUGCCGCCCGGCCAGCGGCGCCUCAUCCGCCAGGUCCUCAGCGUGGUCAACACCAUCUUCCACGGGCAGCUGCUCAGCCAGGUGACGUGCCUGGCCUGCGACUACAGGUCGAACACGGUGGAGCCGUUCUGGGACCUGUCGCUGGAGUUCCCCGAGCGCUACCACUGCAGCGGCAAGGAGACGGCCUCGCAGUUCCCCUGCCAGCUCACCGAGAUGCUGGCCAAGUUCACCGAGACCGAGGCGCUGGAGGGCAGCAUCUACGCCUGCGACCAGUGCAACAGCAAGCGGCGGAGGUUCUCCUCCAAGCCCGUCAUCCUCACUGAAGCUCAGAAGCAGCUCAUGGUUCACAAACUGCCUCAGGUCCUCCGCCUGCACCUCAAACGCUUCAGGUGGUCCGGCAGGAACCACCGGGAGAAGAUCGGAGUCCACGUCAGCUUCGACCAGGUGCUAAACAUGGAGCCUUACUGCAGCCGCGACCCCUCGUCCCCGACCCCGCCGCGCGCCGAGCGCUUCGCCUACGAGCUGUCCGCCGUCGUGAUGCACCAUGGGAAGGGCUUCGGCUCCGGUCACUACACUGCCUACUGCUACAACACGGAAGGAGGGUUCUGGGUCCACUGUAACGAUUCCAAACUGAACGUGUGCACGGUGGAGGAAGUGUGCAGGGCCCAGGCCUACAUCCUCUUCUACACCCAGCGAGUGUCUCAGGACAAAGGGAAAGCUUUUUAGGAUUACCCCCCUCCCCCCCCCAGGGGCUGGAACC